AUGCCCAGCUUAGAGGCCGAGAAGGCUGCGCGGGCCUUCGGCAGCACCGCUCGCAUCUCGGCAGUCCCCAAAUCGCACCGCAAACCCUUCUACGCUAGAAAGAACUCUCUCGGCUGCGCCUACUCGGUAACGGUGUGCGUGCUCGUCUCGACGACGAUCGUGAUCAACCACCUCAUCUUCGGAUUCUCGCAGCUGGCUGGCGCCGACAUGGCGCGCCUCCCGUCCCGCGCUGCUGCCGCGUCGCCGCGGCGCUGCCCUCGCCCGCGUCGCAUCGAGGGUGGGAACAAGGCGUCGACCAACCCGGACUACUGGGACCCGGACGCCGGGCUGUUCAAGGCGGUCUUCGACGUGGGGCUCACCUUCAACGCGACGAGUCAAGACGCGGUCGAGCUGCAGGCCUUUGCGUACAGCCAGCUCUGCCAGCACACGCCCUACUACCCGGAGAUCGACUGCGAGCUGCAGUCGGACCAGAUGUCGGUGUGCGUGGUCCUCAAGUGCAAGCAGUUCCAGAUGUCCAAGCAGGCGGUGCAGAUGUCCUACAUGUACUCGAUCUGGGAGCUCUGGGAGAUGAAGACGAUUGAGCCGCUGCCCGGGGAGCCCGCCGAGUCCAUCUCGACGGCCAACGUGACCAAGGAGUACGGCAAGCCGGGCGCCGUGGUCCUCUUUGGCUUCUCGUUCGUCUGGCCGCACGUGAAGCUCGCGCUGCUGCACCUCUUCUUCUACCUCCCGAUGAC